GGGGUGAGCCAGCAAACAGGUGGACGAUAAAUAGGGUCCCCAAGGCCAGCCUCCUCACUCACCUCCUUUUCCUUCACCACCUUCCAGGCCCAGCAGCUGCACAGCUUCCUCAGCCCCGAAACCAUGCCCGCAGGUCUCCUGUGGCUGGGCCUCACCCUGCUGGGGGCCCUGCAGGUCCAGGCCAAGGACUCCACCCCAAACCACAUCCCAGCCCCUCCUCUGAUCAGGGUCCCGCUGCAAGCGAACUUCCAAGAUGAUCAGUUCCAGGGGAAGUGGUACGUGGUGGGCCUGGCGGGGAAUGCAGUUUCAAAAGAAGAACAAGGCAAGUUUAAGAUGUACUCCACCACCUACGAGCUGAAAGAAGACCACAGCUACAAUGUCACCUCCAUCCUGCUCAAGGACCAGAACUGUGACUACUUUAUCAGACCCUUUGUCCCAACUUCCCAGCCUGGCGAGUUCAGGCUGGGCAAUAUUCAGGCUUAUCCCAGCGUACAGAGCUACAUCGUGAGAGUGGCGGCCACCAACUACAACCAGUAUGCCAUGGUGUUCUUCAAAAAAGUUUUCCAAAAUCAGGAGUACUUCAAGAUCACCCUCUAUGGUGAGUCUUCACCCACCCCUUCAGGGACCCAGCUCCUGGUCACACUCAAGGGGCUCACCCCCACCCAGCCCCCGAGGUCCCCUCCAGCACCAGCUCUGCUCUGAGUCCUGGGGAGGAGA